UAGACCGCAAAUUUAUUACUUAAAGGGACUUCACUGAGGUUUUUUGACAUGACGGGACUGGAAAUAAUUUUUUGAGAUUAUUAUUCCAUUUGAUGUAGAUGUGCAAAAUUCAUUAUCAUUAAAUUCAGAUUAUUAUAGCUCGCGCCGUUUUUCCAGAAUAAUUAUUAUAAUAGUGAAAAAUGACCCAAAAUUGAAAAGCGUUUAAACGCUUUUCACUCAAAUCGGACUGAGAAUAGCACAAACAUAUGACUUUCAAUUUAUUCCUUGUGUACUUCUUAGCACAGGAACUUGAAAUUCUAUCAAAUAACCAAUAUUAAUGAUAAUAUCCAAAUAUACCCCCUAUAUACUAUAAAUAAUAGUGGGGUAUAUUUUACAUAUUAUCGUUAAUAUUGAUAGAAUUUCAAGUUCCUGUGUUCAAAGAGAAACGAUCAAUUUGUAGAGCUGCUCGUUUAGUUUUGGAAGAAUGGCAAUGACUGGGCUGCAUCAAAGAACAAAUGCAAUGGAACAAGAGCAGACAACCGCAGAAUACAAUAUAUCGUAUAACUUUUCUUAGAUACAGCAAUCCCAACGAAGUUAAGAUCUAACUGUCCUUUCACCACUCAACAGUUUCAUCUUUAUUGAUGGAUAUCCUUGUUGAUCAGCACUUCACUUGAAAUAAAAUUCUUGCCUGUUGUAUACCCUUGAUGGCGACUUCAAAGAAAUCGGAAAAAAGGGAACUAGCAUUAGAUAUAUUUUGUGACCCAUGUAAGACUGGGGAUGAACAUAAAUUAUCUUCUGCCGUAAGUUACUGUCGAUACUGCAAUGAAUAUUUGUGUCAGAAUUGCCACAAUGUUCAUAAACAAUUAAAAGCAACGAAAACACAUUUGGUGAAACUACAGGAUGAAAUGCCUUUAGAACGCAUGUCAAACACAACAGACACGGAUCCGCCAGAAAAAUGCCUUGCUCACGGGGAUCAAGUGAUUGAUAAUUAUUGUGUAACACACGAAGAGCUUUGCUGUCCGCAAUGCUUAGCUACAAAUCAUAAGACCUGUGAAGAUGUUCGAAAUAUUAAAGAUUACCUUUAUACUUUCGACUUUCAACGAGAGGCAAAUGAAAUAGAAUGUAAAAUGCGACAACUAGCUGACGAAGUAGAUAAAAUAAUGGACCGUGUCAAUUCAAGCCUAAAAGCCGUUGACAUUUACCAUAGUAAAGCUCAAUCUGAAAUGUUGGAAGUGAAACAUUCUGCCAUUGAUCAUAUAGAAUGUAAAUAUAAAGAACUUGCUAAAGAAGUAAACAGAAUGAGAGUAGAGGAUUUAGAAAGAAUCAUGCAGUACAAAAAUAAAUGCGAUGCUAUAGCAUUUGACAUGAGAACAAUAGGUACUUACUUAAGCGGAAAGAAGAAAUCCAGUGGAAACCAAUUAUUCAUUGCAAUGAAAAAUAUCGAUGUAAAGAUUAGGUCAAAUUUACGGGAUUUGACGAAAGUAAAAUGCAUUGAACAUUAUAAUAUUACUAGAUAUCAUUUUAAGCCGGCUGGUGAACUAGAUAACAUGAAGUCUCAACAAAGUAGUUUUGGUUCAAUACAAUCAGAUUCUAAUGUAAUAAAAUCAGCUAGAAAAGCUAGAAGUUUGCACGUCAAAGACGACGACGAUGAGGAAAACUGCUGCAUAACAGGAAUUGCAUUAUUAGCAAAAACACGUAUUGUUUUGGCUGAUAAUAACAAUUUGAAAUUGAAAUUAUUUCAUAUAGAAGAAGAUAAGUUAGUGUCAAAAAUAGAAUAUGAAUCAGCACCAUGGGAUGUUACAUGUGUAUCCAACCGUCGAAUAGCUGUUACAUUCCCAGACCUGGAAAUAGUUGAAUUACUAUCUAUCGACGGUACUUCCGAAUUAACUAGAGAACAAGACAAUUGUCGUAUAACAUGCUCAGGCAAAUGCUAUGGGAUAACCAGUUCUAAUGAUACGGUCAUUGUUAUCGUCAAGACAGAUGAUGAGACAACAAAAGUUGAGCGGUAUAAGUUAGAUGGUUCAUUACUGUUAUCGGUUGGUGUCGAUGUCAACAAUCCGCAAUAUGUUGUCUGUUAUGAAGAUGAAUCAAGGACAUAUAUUUCGGAUAACGCUAGCGGUAAUGAUAUUGUAGAAUUAUCAAGUGAUAACUUCACAACGCUUGGUAAAUUAAGUUCAUGUCGAGAUGAAGUAACAGGCAUGGCGAUAGACAAAACAGGUCUUUUGUACUAUUGUGAUUCAUUCUACCAUGAAAUAGAUUUAGUCAAUUUAAACAAAGAGCAAGCUAAUGGAAGAAAACGACAUGAGCUAAUUUCGGACAAAGAACCUAACCCAAAAUGCUUAGCAUUUUGUAAUGAUACCAAACAACUAUUUGUUGGUUUGGAUGGAAAUGAGAUAAAGAUAUACUCUGUGUUUUAAUAAAAUGCUUCCAAGGUACCGGUAUUUGUCCACUCUAAUGAUAAUUUAACUGGGGUGUUAAGUUAACCUUAACUAUUUUGAUAGUUAAAGUGAAGUUAAACUAAUAUCUCCCCUGUUGUUCAUAUUGUUCAUUCAUGAUAGGUAAUAAAAAAAUUGAUAGCCAUGCAGGCGUAAUAUCUGUAAAUGAAUUUCAAAUUUUGUUACUUUUGGCUGAUGAAACAGUUUUAUUUUCAUAAACUGUAGACGGGUUGCAAAUUUUAUUAGGACUAACGACAUGCUAAUUGUUUAAAAUGGAAUAUAUCUUUGAAUAGAUGUAAUAAAACCAAAUGAUAUGUAAAUUGAGUAAUAGACAAGAACACAUUGGUGUAUAUUAUGAUAUGAUAGUACACAAAUACUUUUAGUAAAUUUUUGUUAUGUGCUCGUUACUUUGAUUGCUAAUGACAAAUUUUUUAGUGUUCAUAAGGCUUUAUUCAAACAAGUUUUGAAUACAGUUUAGAUCAAAAUUCUUUGUUUGAUACUGUUUCAAUUGGUAUAUGUAAAAUCUUUAGUAAUUUGAUUAACAAAGCCCCGCAUAUAAGUUAUAUCAAUUUUUUAAAACAAAUUUUGAUUAUUAAUUGCUAGACAACAAAUACAACUGUCUAAUCAGUCUAUGGCUAGCCUGGUGCCUCUUGAUAUUUCUGCAAGUUUAUUUGGUCUCCUGCCACAUAAAUACACAUAUGUCUUAUGUAUGAUAAGCUGAACUUGGCUCAGGGCCCUUAGUGUUAAAGAUGAUAUGUGUUUCAAUUAUUUAUGGAAUGAUUUGUCCGAAGGUAAACUUAUGACUGGCCUUCAAGUAAUUAUGUGUAUUUUAUGCCCCCGCCAUAUAAUGGCCGGGGCAUAUAGUGUUACCCUGUUCCGCCCUUCCGUCAUUCUGUCAUUCCGUCAUCUUCAGUUUCCGUUCAUUAUCUUAAUAACGGUUGCACACAUUAAACUCAAAUUUGACAUAUAGAUAUGUUAUGAGAAAAUACAGGUCAAGUUCGAAUUUGGUCAUGGUUCGAUGGUUUUUGGCAGAAUUAUGCCCCUUUUACUUUGAAACUUAUAUGAAUUUUUCAGGUUCGGUUCAUUAUCUCCCCAACGGUACCACACAUUUAACUUAAACUUGACAUAUGGAUAUGUCAUGAGAAAAUACAGGUCAAGUUUGAAUUUGGUCUUGGUUUUGGGAUUUUUGGCAGAGUUAUGCCCCUUUAACUUUGAAAAUAAUAUGAAAUUUUCAGUUUCCGUUCAGUAUCUCCCCAACGGUACAACACAUUCAGAUCAAACUUGACAUAUGGAUACUUUAAAGGAAUGCGCAGGUCAAGUUCGAAUUUGGUCAUGGUUCAAUGAUUUUUGGCAGAGUUAUGCCCCUUUUACUUUGAAAAUAAUAUGAAAUUUUCUGUUUCCGUUUAUUAUCUCCCCAACAGUAUUACACAUUCAACUCAAAUUUGACAUAUGGAUAUGUCAAUGGAAUGCGCAGGCCGAGUUCGAAUUUGAUUAUGGUUCAAUUAUUUUUGGCAGAGUAAUGCCCCUUUCACUUUGAAAAUAAUAUGAAAUUUACAGUUUCUGUUCAUUAUCUCCCCAACAGUAUUACACAUUCAACACUAAUUUGAUGUAUGGAUAUGUCAAUGGAAUGCGCAGGCCAAGAUUGAAUUUGGUCAUGGUUCAAUGAUUUUUGGCAGAGUAAUGCCCCUUUCACUUUGAAAAUAAUAUGAAAUUUACAGUUUCUGUUCAUUAUCUCCCCAACAGUGUUACAUAUUCAACUCAAUUUUGACAUAUGGAUAUGUUAAAGAAAAGCGCAGGUCAGGUUUGAAUUUUGUCAUGGUUUGAUGAUUUUUGGCAGAGUAAUGCCCCUUGAACUUUGAAAAAAAGGAAAUUUUCAUUUCCCAUUCAUUAUCUCCCCAACAGUUGUACAUAUUCAACUCAAAUUAAAGAUAUGGAUAUGUCAUAAGAAUACAUUGGUCAAUUUCGAAUUUGGUCAUGGUUUGAUGAUAGCUGACAGUUAUCCCUCUUGAAUUUUGAAAAAAAAAAGUUUCUGUUCAUUAUCUCCCCAAUGGUUGUACACUUUCAACUCAAAUUUAACAUAUAUAUACAUCUUAGGAAUAAGAAGUUUAAGUUUGAAUUUGGUCGUGGUUCAACGAUUUUGGGCAAACUUAUCUUUCCUGAAUGUUGGAAAAAAUUUGAAUUUUCAGUUUCAGCACUCAUACUUUUGUGGAAAUGUAUGUAGCCAUUAGUUUGGCUGCAAAUAUGCAAUAUGCAAUUUACAAGAGGUUAAGACUGAAUAAUUUUAGUGCUUUGAAUAUGUAUAAAAAUGGUUUGUGUAUACAUUGAAAAGUUUAAAGGGCUUUGAACUGAAAAUGAAAAAAAAUAGUUUGUGCAAACAAAUUUGGAACUAAAUAUUAUAACAUCUGAAUUUUGGCUUCAUGCGGGGGCAUCCGUGGUAAGAUGACACAUUUCUAGUUCAAUUUUGUUUAAUCAUAUUUUAAUAUGUACGGGUGCGUGCGUGCGUGUGUGAAAUUAUAUGUAUAUAAAUUAAAAAAAUAAUUAACAAUUAUACAUAACUACAUUAAUGUACAUAUACAAGGAUUGACCCAAAAGUUAUAAAAACAUUAUUGAGAGUCCUCAUGACUAUUAUGUUAUUAAUAUUUAAAAGUAGAUAUGAAAAAAGUAAAGCAAGAGAACGCCUGUAUAGUCAGUAUUGUUACAUUCUUUCGCACUUUAGAUACUAUGCCCAAAGUUAAUACUUAUGAAGUUAUAAUAUUAAAUAAAGGAUUUUAUAUUGAAAACUAUUUGUUGUAUGUUAAUUUCAAUAAUCACUAAUAGGAUUUAGACGAUCUGCUCAUAAACUUGCAUUUGAAGAAUGAAAUUUAUUAUACAUUGAUAGGAAUAAUUGGACCUGUAUAAAUAUUAUUUUUGUGUUUGUUUGUCCAUUGUAUCUAUUGUCUCCAAAAACAACACUGACCAUGACCAACUAUUUUGACAUUUUAAUCACUAUUUUCUUGCAGCCUGUUAAUAUAAAGUGGUAAAGCAUAAUGUAAACAGCUGUUAUGUCAUCCUUGUAUUAUAAUCCUUUUUUUGCAUUUAUUUGUGAACAAAUUAUGAAGAAAAUUAUUGUCUUUUAUACUUUUGAAAUUAUUAUAUACAGUUACUUUGUUGGAGAAACACAUAAAAAACAAUAUUUGAAUGCACAGGCUUAUAAAUUUAAGGUGUCUGAAAUGAACACUUCAAAGAAAAUAAGAUUAUCUAUAUUACUGAAUAUGUAAAUGUUAGAUCUUGUUUCAUCUUAAUGACUUAUCAGAAGCCGGUGUGUUCAGAUAUUGGUAGACAUACUUAACACAAUUUAAUAAUGAAUGUUUGUGUAUGUUUGAAUAUAUUCAUUCUUUUCUCAAUGCUUAUCUAACCACUGCCAUCAUGUACGGUGGCACAAAGGUAACAUGUGUGUGUUUUUAUUUAUCUCGUGGCCACGAGAUAUUAUGUCGUGGCCACGAGUUACUAAGUCGUGGCCACGAGAUUGCUAAGUCGUGGCCACGAGUUACUACGUCGUGACCACGAGAUAGCUAAGUCGUGGCCACGUGAUACUAUGUCGUGGCCACGAGAUAGCUAAGUCGUGGCCACGAGAUACUAUGUCGUGGCCACGAGGUACUAAGUCGUGGCCACGAGGAACUAAGUCGUGGCCACGAGGAACUUAGUCGUGGCCACGAGAUAGCGAUGUUGUGGCCACAAGAUACUAUGUCGUGGCCACGAGUUACUAUGUCGUGGCCACGAGUUACUGAGUCGUGGCCACGAGAUACUAAGUCGUAGCCACGAGAUAGCUUAGUCGUGGCCACGAGAUACCCUGAUUUUUGACCCAAUGACCUCGAAAUUAUUAGAUGUCAUCUACUGAUCAGGUGCAAUGAUCAUUCUGGGUUAUGGAUAAACCAUGGCUUAUCCCUUCUAAAUUAUUCAUCAGACAAGGAUGUUACCUUAUAUGCUAUCUACUGUCCAUGGGCAAUGUCCCUUCCAAAUAAAAUAAACCAGGACUUAUUCCUUCUCAUGUUAUCGUAUAAACAAGGUUAACAUGCUGAAUUACGCACAAACCGACCAAUUCGAUCACAAAAUUGUCCCAACAAAGAGCUACAGCCAAAAUUAAUGUCUGAUGGACCUUGGAAGGUGACUUUCUAAUAUGACCCUUAAGACAAUCUUCAGUAUUUUCAAAGAUUAAUGUUGCAUGUAAAAGUAAGUUGUUAAGUUUUAAAAAAUAAAUAUAUAUAUAGUGUACUCUGAUUGGUUAAUUAUCUCGUUGCAACGACUUAGCUAUCUCGUGGCCACGACUUAGUAACUCGUGGCCACGAGAUAGUAUCUCGUGGCCACGACGUUGCUAUCUCGUGGCCACGACUAAGUAACUCGUGGCCACGACAUAGUAUCUCGUGGCCACGACAUUGUAUCUCGUGGCCACGACUUAGCUAUCUCGUUGCCACGACUUAGUAACUCGUGGCCACGACAUAGUAUCUCGUGGCCACGAGAGAAACAAAAAUACACACAUGUCACCUUUAUGCCACCGUAUUAAAAGGGCGAACAUGUAUUUAUUUAUAACCUGAAAAAAAUGAAUUGGUGUAAUUUGCUUGAUAUAUUUUGGCAUUUUAUUAGAACAAAACAAUAGAAGAAAAAUAUAUAAGGAUAGUUUUGAAUGAAAUGAGUUUUAUGCUUCUUUAACAGUACAAGCAUUUGAUUGCAGAUGUAACAAAGACAUAGCUGAAUGAUACCGAUGUUUAUACAAUUAAAAUAACAAUCAAUUAGCUGCUAAGUGCGAUUUGAAUAACAGAUACAUCUUAUUAAUGCUCCGUGAAAGUGAAAUGGCAAAGUUCUACUGGUAAAAAUCAUGUAACAUUCAAACGAUAAUCAUUUUCUGUUGUAAAAAUGCACAGAAGGUCAUGUUAUAAUACAAAUAAAUUGUUUUCAGAUUUAUACGUGUUAUAGUAACUAGGCUACUUUAUGAUUAUGUUAUCUGUAGUAUUUUAAAUCUUCAUACAUUCAGUAAUUUUCAAUAAAAGCGUUUGCUGUACAUAACAGAAUUUCAUUCCAUUUGAAUAAUUGUUAACACAAUUAAGCUAACUAAUGAUUAAGAUGCAUUGCUCAUUAACUAGCAUAUAAAUAUAAUGAAGUUCUCAUUUCUUUUGAAUAUGUUUAAAUAUUCAUUCAUAUGUAUUAUAUGUUUUGUAAAUAUUCUUUAGUGAAUUUAGAAAAAGCGACAUACAUAAGUUCAAUUUGAAAUGAAAGUUUUUUGUAAACAUGCGCAAAAAUAUCCUUACUUCAAAGGCUUUGUUUUAGAGUUUUUUCACAUGAUAUGCAUAUUUCUGCUUUAAAUACUC